UACCGUCUUGACAACAUCUUGUAACGCCAUCCUCUGGAGAAUACUGCGACCGGAAGUUGAAAGAAUUGAAAGCUCAUCUGAACUAGGUAGUUAGUUAGCUAGUUGUCUAGAUAGCUAGCUAACUCAUAAAUAUGAGAGCACAACUGUCCAGUUGUACUGCGAUAAAACUGGCGACCUAACUAGCUAUCCAGCUAGUUAUACAAAGCAUGGUGUUAAGACAGUCACCUUUACUAGAAACUGAAAAGCUCCGUGAUGGGCAAUCAAGACUUCGAAGAUGUAUUUGUGGCUGUUAUUCGUCCAAAGAACUCCGUGAGCCUAAGCUCUAAGGAGUACCGCGCUAAAGCAUACGAGAUUCUGUUGAUCGAAGUUCCACUUGAGGGUAAGGAGAAGAAAAGGAAGAAGGUUCUCUUAGGGACCAAAAUUCAUGCAGACAGUGACAAAACGAAGUCAGUUCUUGAAUAUGUAGAUGAAGCAACUAAGCCCAUAUCAAAUAAUCAGGGUAUCAUAGGGAAGCGUGUGGUACACAUGAAGAAGUUUCCUCUAGAUGGGGAGAAUGAGGGGAAAGAGGCCUCUCUAUUUAUUGUGCCAAUUAAUGUUAAAGACAACAGCAAAUCUGUCUAUCACCCUGGGAGUCCCAGUUUUUACUGCCUGCAAGACAUCAUGCGAGUGUGCAGUGAAACUAGUGCUCACUUCUCCUCAAUUACCUCGAAGAUGCUGCUCGGCCUAGACAAAUGGUUAGCGGAGCAACACAGUGUGCCACAUGCCAUUCCCGCGCUCUUCAGACCUGCUCCCAUAGAGCGUGUCAAGACCAACGUGAACAACCCAGCCUAUGGCAUGGAGGGGAAGCCAAGCGAUGGGCCAAUGCACAUGGGCUACACUGCUCUGGAGAUCAAGAGCAAGAUGAUGUCUCUGGAGAAGGCCGACAUGUGCAUUGAGAAUCCGCUCUAUGGCUCAGACCUGCAAUACACCAACCGGGUGGAUAAAGUCAUCAUUAAUCCAUACUUUGGCUUGGGAGCACCAGACUAUUCCAAGAUCCAGAUUCCAAAAAGAGAGAAAUGGCAACAUAGCAUGACCAGUGUCACAGAGGACAAGGAGCGCCAGUGGGUGGAUGACUUCCCAUUGCACCGGAGUGCCUGUGAGGGAGACACAGAGCUUCUUUCCAAGCUGCUGGACAGCGGCUUCUCUGUCAAACAGCUGGACAGUGACCACUGGGCCCCCAUUCAUUAUGCAUGCUGGCAUGGGAAAGUGGAGGCCACCAAGCUCUUGCUGGAGAAAGGCAGCUGCAACCCCAACCUGCUGAACGGGCAGCUCAGUUCCCCCCUACACUUUGCAGCUGGUGGUGGUCACUCCGAGAUCGUGCAACUCCUGCUGCAGCAUUCGGAGAUAGACAGACACAUUGAGGACCAGCAGAAACGCUCACCCCUUCAAGUCUGUGAGGAGAACAAACAGAACAACUGGGAGGAGACUGUGAAACUCCUCAAACAGGCCAACAACCAACCAUACGAGAAGGUCCGGAUCUACCGCAUGGAUGGCUCUUACCGCUCAGUAGAGCUGAAGCACGGCAACAACACCACGGUGCAGCAGAUCAUGGAGGGCAUGCGCCUGUCCCAGGACACCCAGCAGUAUUUCACCAUUUGGAUCUGUUCUGAGAACCUCAGUCUGCAGCUGAAGCCGUACCACAAGCCCUUACAGCACCUGCGCAUUUGGCCUGAGAUCGUUACUGAUUUGACGGCGCUGGACCCCCAGAGGGAAAACGCCCAGCUCUUCCUCCGCAGGGAUGUCCGCCUGCCCCUGGACAUUGAGAAAAAGGUGGAAGACCCACUGUCAAUCCUUAUCCUCUUUGAUGAAGCACGCCACUUCCUCCUGAAGGGCUUCUUCUCCUCACCGGACAGCAAGCUCAUCACCCUGGCCAGCCUCCUCCUGCAGAUCAUCUACGGCAACUACGACAGCAAGAAACACAAGCAAGGUUUUCUAAAUGAGGAAAACCUGAAAUCCAUAGUUCCCAUAUCCAAAGUGAAGAGUAAAGCACACCAUUGGACCAACAGGAUACUUCAUGAGUAUAAGAGCCUGAGCACCAGUGAGGGAGUCAGUAAGGAGAUGCAUCACCUGCAGAGACUCUUCCUGCAGAACUGCUGGGACAUUCCCACAUAUGGCGCUGCCUUCUUUACUGGCCAGGUGUUCACCAAGGCCAGCUCCAGCACCCACAAGGUCAUCCGUGUCUAUGUGGGGGUCAACACCAAAGGCCUACACCUCAUGAACAUGGAAACAAAAGUGCUCCACCUCAGCCUCGCGUAUGGAACCUUUAUCUGGCAGCUUGGACAGGCUGACCAGUAUGUCCAAAUCCACAGCCUCGAGAACAAGAAGAACUUUGUGGUGCAUACAAAACAGGCGGGCCUUAUCGUGAAGCUGCUGAUGAAACUGAGUGGCCAGAUGACUCUGAAUGACAGAGCUCCGUCUGACAAAUAUGCAUACGGCUAAGCAAUCACCCUUUGUUCUUGCCUAGCUUUUGUAAAGCAAAUUGUCUUGGUGUUUGAUGAGAGAAUUGUUUUUUUCUAAAAUGAUGUUUUUUUCUAAAAUGAUAAACUUUUGUAUAGCACCUUGAAAGUUAAUCUAUUUUUGACCAUGUAGUUAUGACAUUUUCAUACUGUAUAUGAUAUUCUGUUUUUAAAACAUUUUUGUAUUUUCAUUGAAUUUUUCACUGUUUCAUGUAAAUAUUCCUAUUUAAUGGUUGCAUUUUAAUAAAAGGAUAAUAUAUCACA